AUGAGCCGUCUGCCACCGAAAGCGUCGUUUCUUUGGACCGGUUUCGAGGGUGGAGUAUCGUGUAUAGCUGUUGUUCGAAGGAAUGGCCGUUCUUGCGUAGCCAUCGGCACAAAGAAAGGACGAGUCGAGCUCUAUGAUGAAGAAACAAGACUACUCGACAGCAUCUUGUACGAGGAUCCCCAAGAACGAGGUAUCAUUUGGAUUGGGACUUUCAAUGGGAAUAUUGUCAUACAUGUGCGCACUUUUGCUCUUCUUUGCUUUACCGAAUCGGCUGAUGGCUUUGAGAUUUUGCUAACGACUCAACAUUAUGGUCACUGUGCAGCAUCGUUAUUUGGCUCACUCCUAGCAAUACCCGAUCUUGAGGAUAAAACAAGCGUUGUCCACGUGAUGAAAGAGAAUGAAGCGGAAGCAAAAAGAAUCCCGCUGCAAAACCAAGAUUGGAUGCUGAUGUGUUUGAGUAUUGCCGAAGAGAGCAAUUCCCUGUUCAUCGGAUGGGAUAGUGGAUGUGUAGAGCAACGAUCGAUCGACACUGGAGAUAAAAGAGCUUCUUUCAAGUUGACAAAUGAGCCAAUAUUUGCGAUCUGUUCUACGAGUUCGUCGCUUUUCGCCGCCACCUCAACGUCUCCCAUUCAUGUUCUGCGAAUAGUUGCUGAGGUUCUUGUGGAUGAAAAAGAAACGAUUGAUUACAAUUUAAGUGCCACUGGUUGCUCUUGUCUGCGAUUAACGCCAUCUGAGAAGACGAUAUUUGCGAGUUUUUGGGAUGGAUCUCUGCGUGCGUAUAGCACCAAGAAGCGAUCUCUUCUAUUAGCGUUACAAGUUUGUCAAGGUUCACCGAUCCAGAGCCUUUGCGUGGCGACAAAUCAAAAGUUUUAUACGGGUGAUGAUUUGGGUCAAGUGUUUUUCUGGAAUGUA